GAGCUCGAGCCAUGCGGACCGAGGGACGUAACGUGUCACGACACACAAGCUUAAGGCAAGCAUUCCCACUAGGCACAGCUCAAACCCUACCCCGCCUUCUGCGCCAGACACGCUUCGCGUUUCCUACGGCUUUCCGUAGUCCCGAGUCUCGCGAGAGCGUGGCAGCCCGCCGCAGAGAACGCUUCCGGGAGGUUACCGUGGCGCGGCCGAGUCUCUCGGCUUGCGGGAGCGCGGGCUCGGGAGCCGGAUUCUGGCGGGCUGGCCAUGGACCGCGACUUGCUGCGACAGUCGCUGGGCUGUCACGGCCCGGCGCUGCUGUCGCUGCUGCGGAGCGAGCAGCAAGACAACCCGCACUUCCGGAGCCUCCUAGGCACGGCAGCCGAGCCCGCCCGCGGAGCGGCACCUCCUCAGGGAGCUGGCAGGAAAGAGAAGAGAGUUGACAACAUAGAAAUACAAAAAUUCAUCUCCAGGAAAGCAGACCUGCUUUUUGCACUGUCUUGGAAAUCAGAUGCGCCUACAUCCUCUGAAGUGCAUGACGACAAUGACAAUCAUUAUGCGGUCAUGCCACCAUUAGAGCAGUUCAUGGAGAUCCCAGGCCUGGACCGGAGAGAGCUGUUUUUCCGAGAUAUUGAACGCGGUGAUAUAGUGAUUGGAAGAAUCAGCUCUAUUCGAGAGUUUGGUUUUUUCAUGGUGUUGAUCUGUUUGGGAAGUGGCAUCAUGAGGGACAUAUCUCACUUAGAGAUCACAGCUCUUUGUCCCUUAAGAGAUGUGCCUUCUCACAGUAACCAUGGAGAUCCUUUAUCAUAUUACCAAACUGGUGACAUAAUUCGAGCUGGAAUCAAGGAUAUUGACAGAUACCAUGAAAAGCUUGCAGUAUCUCUGUACAGCUCAUCUCUUCCACCACACCUAUCUGACAUUAAACUAGGUGUGAUUACUUCUGAAGAGCUACCUUUGUACUACAGGAGGAGUGUUGAACUAAAUAGUAAUUCUUUGGAGUCCUAUGAAAAUAUCAUGCAGAGUUCUCUGGGAUUUGUUAAUCCAGGAGUAGUUGAAUUCCUUCUAGAGAAACUAGGAAUAGAUGAAUCUCAUCCACCAUCAUUAAUGAGAGGCCUACAAAGCAAAAAUUUCUCCGAAGAUGAUUUUGCUUUGGCUUUAAGAAAGAAGCAGUCAGCAUCUUGGGCUUUAAAAUGUGUGAAGAUUGGGGUCGAUUAUUUUAAGGUUGGACGACAUGUGGAUGCUAUGAACGAAUACAAUAAAGCUCUGGAAAUAGACAAACAAAAUGUGGAAGCUCUGGUAGCUCGUGGAGCAUUAUAUGCAACAAAAGGAAGUCUGAACAAAGCAAUAGAAGAUUUUGAGCUAGCAUUAGAAAACUGCCCAACUCACAGGAAUGCAAGAAAAUACCUCUGCCAGACUCUUGUAGAAAGGGGAGGGCAGUUAGAAGAAGAAGAAAAGUUUUUAAAUGCUGAAGGUUACUAUAAGAAAGCGCUGGCUUUGGAUGAGACUUUUAAAGACGCAGAGGAUGCUUUGCAGAAACUUCAUAAGUAUAUGCAGAAAUCUUUGGAAUUAAGAGAAAAACAAGCUGAAAAGGAAGAAAAGCAGAAAACAAAGAAAAUAGAAACAAGUGCAGAAAAGUUGCGUAAGCUCUUAAAAGAGGAGAAAAGGCUAAAGAAGAAAAGAAGAAAAUCAUCAUCUUCCUCUUCAAGUGUUUCUUCUGCUGAUGAAUCCGUUUCUUCUUCCUCAUCUUCUUCCUCUUCUAGUCACAAACGGCAUAAGAAAAGUAAGAGGAAUCGCUCAGAGUCUUCUCGCAGUUCAAAGAGGCACUGGUCUAAGACGUCUUUGAGUCACAUAGAUCAGAAUAGGAAAGAUGACUGCUACCCAGUUCCAACUAAUACUUCAGCAUCUUUCCUUAAUCAAAAACAAGAAGUGGAGAAACUGCUAGAAAAACAGGAUAGGUUACAGUGUCCAAGCACACAAGUAAAAGAGAAAGAGCGAUGCCUUCUCACAUCUUCAGCUGAAGUGCCAGAUGACUUGGGAGGUAGGUCUGAAGACACAAGAGAUUUCUACAAUAGCUAUAAAACCCACGCAGGUAGUAGCAAAACUGAAAAGCCAUAUAAAUCAGAAAAAUAUUUCUCCAAUAGGAGAAAUUCCUUGGAUUCCUUCUGUAGGAAUUCAGAGGACAAGAUGAAAGCAUCUAGUUACCGGAGAUGUGAAAAGGACUCAGAGGGAAGAAAAGACCACUCUAGAAGGUGGGAGCCGGGGUCUGUAAAGUCCUCUACUUCACCAGCAAGUUCAGACUACUCUUGGAAGUCACUUGAAAAACACAAAAAAUACACUUACUCUGGAUCACGUGACAGUAGACAUGAGCCAAGAUAUCAGUUAAACACAAAUCAGGAAGAACGUGCGUAUGAAAAGGAGGACAGCUAUGGGGAGGGUGAUAAAACUGAGGCUCCAGAAGAGACACUGAAUAGAAGAGAGCAACCAGAAAACAGAGUUAAGAAAAAUUUACCUCAGAAUUUACUCAAUAUAUUUAAUCAGAUAGCAGAAUUUGAGAAAGAAAAAGGAAAUAAGACAAAAAAAUAAUUUGCUUAGAAAAUUUUCACUAAAUUUUCGGAAGUUUGGGGAUGCUUUAACAAACAGUUCUGGAUCUAAAAUUGUAGCAAAUUACAAGAAGUUUCUCAGUUUCAGUUAUCAGCCCCUCGUCAUAGUCAGUGAUGCAGGAGUGUGGGUCUGUGCAGACGUAACUCAUUCUGGCAGUUUAAGCUUUUCUCCUAACGCUAUUUCUGAGCACUUUGUUUCUUCAUGUUUGGGGUUUGUGAGAACCCUGUGCCUAUCAUAAUUCGCUGUUGGAGAGAAAUAUGUUUACGUUGAACAGUUGGAUUGUUUUAUCAAAAAGUACUUUAUUCUCUUUUGUUAAAAAGCCCUUAGCUUCUGAGGGGAAAUAUUUUAUGGCUAAAUGUUUCAACGGUACUAUUUUAAGUCUGUUUUGAGCAUUAAAAUUUUUGCACCAUUUCAUUUUUAAGUGAUAAAUUAUGACUUGAUUUACCUCUAACACCUGAUGUAAAUGGUUUGUGAAAAUUGUUUUCUUCCCAGCUUUAACAAAAUACCUUAAGAAUAAGACCAUGAAAGUUGGUUAAUCAGAACCUGCUUUACUUAUUUCUCCAUUAUUAUUUUUACUUAAUGGUUAUGUUCAUAAGAAAAAUUUUAACUUUAAGUAUUUACAAAAUUCUUAGGGAAUUAUAGACAAGACAGAUGAGAAUAGAAAAUAACUGCUAGUAAAAAUAGCAGCAGAGAAGCACCCUGUGAAUCUGGUUGCUUUCUGUCUUAACCUCGCAAAUGCUUGGGAAGUCAGUAGGCAUGUUUCUAAAUAGUGGAGGGCUGGCUUGCAGUUCCCUCUUCUACUCUAUUACCUUCUCUGUUGAUGUCUUUUCUCUGAAUCAUAGCGAAGGACAGAAUCAGUUCCAGGCCUCUGCGAUGGCUCAGUAGAUAAAAGACUAUCCGAACUGAUGACCUGUGUGCAAUCCUAAGACUCAAGGGCUAGGGAGAGAACUGACUCCCAAUGCGUGUCCUCUGACAGCCAUACACAAACACAGUACACACACACAAACAGCUAACGAAGGAAUCUUAGACUGCCAGAGAACAUCUCUGAAUUACUAAAAAUUGAAUAGUGGACUCUGGGGAGAUAUUAGUAGGUAUCCUAGCUGUUGUACUACGAUGCUCUUCAAUUAACCUUCUAGAACGUGUAAAUAAGCACCAGGUGGUGGUGAUACAGCCUUUAACCCCAGCCCUCUGUGAGUUCAAUCGAGGUCAGCCUGGUCUACAAGAGCAGAGCUACUUCCAGGACAGGCACCAAAGCUACACAGGAAAAAAAAAGGAAUAAGUAAAUGGCAAUGAGCUUUUAAUCUCUUCUUGGUCAUUGGAUAGGAUCCACAACUGUAGAUGGUAAUUUCUGUCCUGCCCAAUCCUGCAGCCGUUCAGUCCCAAAGAAAUACACAGAGUCUUACAUUAAUUAUAAACUGUGUAUCUUAUUGCCCAGGCUUAUUACUUCUAGCUCUUAUAACUUAAAAUUAUCCCAUAGUUCUUACACGUGUUUAGCCAUGUAGUUUGGUACCUUUUCUCAAGCAUUCUCAUCUUGCUUCUUCUGCUUCUGGAUGUCCUGCCUAUACUUCCUGCCUGGCCAAUCAGCAUUUUAUUAAUCCAAUAUGAGAGACAAAUCUUUACAGUGUACAAGAGUAUUAUCCACAGCACACCACAGACAUGCAUGAGGAAGAUGAGGGAGUGGCAGGAAAAGAGGACUCAUUGCAUGUUUGUUUAUACCAGUAAAAUACAAAACUUUAGUAAUGAUAUAUACUAUUUGUACCAAAUUAUAGUGAUAGAAAACUACUGUAAAAACACAAUAGGAAAAACCUUGAUUAAGAACAAUAAAUAAUGGCAGCAGAAAUUGGAGAAUCACUUCAAUAUUAGUUUCUGUACCCAGGAACUCAUUAUCACUAUUAUUGGGCAGGGAAAACAGUGAGCAUGUGUGCUCCAUAUGUGGAGAUGGGAGGACAACUUGAGGGAGUCAGUUCUCUUCUAUCCACAGAGCCAUUUUGACAGCCCAGCCCCAAGGAACUUUUAGGCAUGCUCAAUGUAGUAAUGGUUCCAGUUUUAGUCCUACCUAGUCCUCCAUAGUGGAGGUUUGUUGUUGUUAAAGAGUGGAAACACCUCCCUGCACGCCACUUUAUCUUUGAGAAUUCCUAGUACACCUUAUACUCUUACACAUAAUAUCUUACUUAACCCUUAGGAGAGUGCCUUGUGGGGUAGGCUAUCAGAAUUCGGAAACUACAGGCUUCCUAAUAGGAUUACAUCUUUCUUAAUAGGAAAAGACAUACUAAUUUAAGCAGUCUGCACUAAUCUAAGCAUCCAGUUCCUUGGGUUAUUUAAGGAGUCAUCACAGGAAAAAAUAUUGCGGAUUUUAAUUGAUCUUCAGUGAUGGCUUCAGUAGUUUCUUCCACAUUAAUAUGUCCAUAGUGUAUAUGUACCCCAGUUAGCUUUGUCCUGUGACUUCUGGGUGUUAAGAUAACUCCAGAUCUGUAAACAGGUUGAUCCUUUGUCUUGCCAUUUAGCAUUAUUAUAUGCGGUUGUAGUAAUUAAAUGUAAACGUGGAUGCUGGGCAUUCCAGACUAGGGGCUAGAAGUAACUCCAUAGGUAGAAAUUUACAACUUAAAGUACAGUUACUGUGCUUCAAGGCCAUUAGGUUUUGCUUAGAUCUUAUGUUACUUCAGUAAGACCUUGAUAAGUUAACCAUCCUUGUAUUACAAGAAAAAAAGCAGUGAAAAGUAAGCCUCCUGGUAAGAAACAAAACCCUUCUCUUCGUAUAACACCAAGUUUAAUGUUUUAAGUUCCUAGUAACUUACAAAGUAAUAUAUGACUAAGAAUCACAAUAUUGGUAAACAAAAUGAUGAUGGGAUUAAACGUCAUACAUUUCUGGCAGCAUUCAACUAUAAAGUGCCCACAAUUUUCUUUGCCAUUUCAGUUAUGAGACUUAACUAUACCUUCCUGUUCUGAAUUAAAAGCGAUCAUCAGUAGAAACAGAUUUACUAACACUACUGCUUUUUUUAGUAGUAACUGAGUAGUGGGUCUAAGACAAUCAUUCUUGUAAUGAGUAUUUUUCCCAAGGUUUAAAGAUAUGCUCCUUUCUCUACCUGAAUGCUAAUGUAUUUAAAUCUAGCUUUAUAGUAGUAGUUCACACUCUGAUCCAAAAAGUUCAAAGUGCUGGAAAAACUAAUUUUAAAUAUAAUAUGCAAUAUCUACCUCCAUUGUAAAUUUAAUAUGUUCAUUUUUUUCAAGAUCAGAAUAGAGACAGCAACUCAAGUUGUACUUUAUGUAUACAUGUAUAGGGAUAAAUAUAUAUGGACACACACAUAUAUACAUAUACAAUGCUUUUCUUACCGAGGGAGUAAUUAAUGAUGCUGUCUUUCCUUACAAAUUAAAACCACCACCACCACCCCACCCCCCACCCCCGCAAUAAAAGGCCUUUAACAGGUAGGUGUGUGUUACCCUCAGGAAAAAGAAUGGGGGAAUAUGGUUGUUGUUUGCUUUUUGUUUUUAAUUUUAAAAAGUAAUUUUGUGAUGAGUAAAUGAAAAUUUAGAGUAAAUGAAAAUUUCCUUAUUGAGAUAUGCAGUGACUCUUUAGAAGUAUAUUCCUGAAAGAAUCUUACUUCAUAAAUGUGUUACUUCAUAAAACAUCUAACACUAUAGACAUCAGUGUUCUAGUAAAAAAAAAAAAAACUGAUUUCCCUCUGCCUAAUCACAUGUGGCCUGCCUAGGGUUCUGCAGUUUCCUUGGGGGGGGGGGGGGGCUCCUUUGUCUGGUCUGCAGUACUUCCAAUAAUAUUUUAGUAGGCCUAUAUCGUUAAUAAAUGGAACCCCAGAAAAAAAGGAAGACUUAACCAUUAAUGAGAUUUUUAUUUGUGUUCAAAAUGUGUACAAGAGAUUAAAAAAAAAAUCAUUUGCUGGGCUUUUUUCCUUUUGGAGUACUUGAAUUACUGCCAUUACUAGCUGACCUAGAACUACUGCUUCCUGUUGGAGAUUCUGGGAAGCUGAGCUGUAAUACUUUAACUGAAGGUGGAGAAACAGGAGAAAUUGUGUCCUCAAGCGACCUAAAACAAGAAAGGAUUUACUAUAAACUUAAUGAAAAUGUACUUUAAAAAGAUCUUAUUGGCAAAAAGUAUCAUAAUUCCACAAGUAAAGAACAAGAAAAACCAUUAGUGUUAAUAAAAUUUAAAAGUAUGACCAUUCUUUCAAAAGAAAUGAACAUAGUUUAAGUAAAUAGUUCAAUAAUUGUUUCUGUGAGCGAGUCAUUUUCAACCGUAAUCAGUUUCUUAGAAUUGGAAGCAGUAGUUUAUCAAGUGGCAAAAAAGGAGGAGAAAGUGCUUGGGAAAGGCAUCAAAAUAUUAAUCUUAAGUCAUUUAAGCUGAAGAGGAAAGGAGUGUGUUGGCAAGAGAAAUGGUGAGCUUGUUUGGAAAAUAGCCAUUCAGUUCUAAAAUAAUGUGUUUUAUAAAAAGUACAGAAAACUUAAUAUGUAAUAGUAAAUAAUUCGGUUCUAAAAUAAUGUUUUAUAAAAAGUACAGAAAAUUUAAUAUGUAAUAGUAAAUAUAUUGAGUGGCUUAAAAUAUGUAGAAGCAGGUUAUUAAACUUAAAACAGUGUCUUUGAGGAUGCUUUUUUUAUUUUUCAUGAAAGUUUCGCAGACUAAUAAAAACUAGUAAAUAGCUGUCAACUGUAGGAGACUAGAAAUCCUAAAAUUAGCUAAAAGCCAACAAUGACUUAGUGUCCAUGACUUAUCCCACUAAUUUCUGGGUUGCAUUAAGCUAAGUAAGACAACCACAAAUAAAAGCUGAUUAUGUAGGAUUUCACAUGAGCAGCUCUGAUUACAAAACUGUGCGUCUAACUUGCCCUUUUACAGUUUCAAAAGAUUUAAAUUUUCUCAGAACUUGCCCAAAAUGUUAGCUGUAUCACCUCAAUUUUCACCCACCCUCGUUCCCCUAAAAUAGCUUACUGGUUACAGUGAGUGUGCCUGCAAUGUUGACAGGUGCAGGCGUCUUGCUAGACUCUGCUUGUAUAGUGAGGUUGCUGAAGGUGAGGAGAGUGGGCAGCGUUCUGGUCAGCAGCAGCCCUGAGAGUUGAGGCCCCACUUGAGUGACCUUGCCCUUACCUGAUUGACCGCAGGGAAGACUGUGAAGAGGAUCUGGAGCUCGGGCCUUUAACUGUGGGUAGUUCUAACCCAUUCUGGAAGAAUAUCAUAUUGUAAUAAUAAAAUAUCAUUAGUCCUGCAACAUUGUAGAAGAAAACUAAUUAGAUACACAGACAUUAUGCUCUCUUACCUGCUCAAAGUAUGUUUGAAGGAUGAUGUGCAUCUCAGCAUUUUCCAUGGCAUUGACUAACAUUUGGUCAAUGUCCUUGUGAAACUGUUUAAUCUCACGGAGUUGAAUGUCUUGUUCUUCUAGUGUUUCGUCAUUCGUGUCUUUCAAAAUGCGGAUUUCUCUUUUGAGUCUUCCACACUGUUAAUAAUAACAGUCAGAUAUUAAACCUAAAUUCCACCAAGUUCAGGAAAGGGGGAUGAGUGCAUCUGGUACAUGACAGAAGUGAAUGCUAGGGACAGCUCUAAGAAAUUACCUGCUUAAUCACGCGCUCUAAUUUCGGCUGCUGCUCCUCAGUCUCUUUGCGCAGUUGAAGGGAAUGAGUUUGUUUCUCUGAUAAUUUCUCUUUGAUAUUAUUUGCUAAGUGUUCUAUGACUUCAAAAGUAUUUUCCAUGCUCUGUAGAAAACAAAAUAUCAACACAUUCAUGAUCAGAAUAAAAAAGACUUAAUUGCCAAUUGCCAGGUGUUCCCUCACUUUUAAUUAUUUUAUUUGCUUAUAUAUAUACAUAUAGAUAUGUAUAUAUAUAUACUAUGUUUAGUGUAUUAAUGGAUAAGAAGUCUAAUGAUGCUGUUAGUUUUGAAUAUAAUUCCACUUGAAACUUUUUAUAGAACUGGAAAAAAUAGAAACAGUUACUUGAAAUUAUCCAGAGAUGCGUGCUGUGUGUCAUCCGUUCCCUUAGUUAGGGCCUACUUACCGAAGCAUGUUCUUCAGUCUUUGAGAGGUUUGCUCUAGUAUCUGCUGUCACUAGAUUUUCUGUUUUAAACUUUGUUUUUUAAAUCUUAUUGUGCUCUUUAAGUGAUUCAGUAAAGUCACUUAGUAAUGGUUAGUGAAUAAGUCAUAAUUGUUUAGAUGUGGUUGAUAACUAAUAAAGUUAUUGGCACCCAGCAAUAGGAUUUUAACUGAUUUACUUAAAUGUUUCCUUCGCUUCUUUUUAAGUGAGGUGUGUGUUUCUUAUGGUCUGCUUCCCUAAGAUGCUUUUCAUACAAGACUGAGUAGUGAUAAUGGUAG